GAUAGAAACAUGGCUCUUGCGGCUGCAGCUCUUCCAACGCUUUACGAGUACUAUACUGGAGGUGGUGUAGUUUCUGGUUUAUCGGAUAAACAACCGUAUUUUACCUUAAAUGAUAAAAACAUUACUAUAUAUAGUGGAGCUUUCCACUAUUUUCGGGUACCAAGGGCAAACUGGAGGGACCGAUUGAGAAAAAUGCGAAGUGCUGGUCUGAAUACUGUCGAAACAUACGUUCCAUGGAAUUUACAUGAAUACCAGUCUGGUGUUUAUGAUUUUGGAAACGGCGGAUCAGAAAUGGAAGACUUUCUUCACCUUGAAGAAUUUCUGAAAACCGCUCAAGAAGAAGACCUCUUUGCGCUCGUUCGUCCUGGCCCAUACAUUUGUGCCGAAUGGGAGUUUGGCGGACUGCCCAGUUGGAUUUUGAGAAAUACUAGUUCCGUAAGAAAUUCUAAAGACGAAAAUUAUCUCUCCAUCGUCAAACGAUACUUCAACGCCCUCUUUGCCAUCUUAACACUUCUGCAAUUCCAAAAAGGUGGUCCGAUAAUUGGUUUUCAAAUUGAAAAUGAAUACGGCAAUACUGGAAAUGACGACACCGAUUAUCUCCUUCAGCUCAAACAAAUGUAUUUGGAUAACGGCAUUGUGGAACUUUUAUAUACUUCCGAUCCACCGGGUGUUAAUGGUCGUGGGGGUAUACCGGACAUUUUGCAGACUGCUAACUUUAAUACUAAUCCUAAAAGUCAACUAGACAAAUUGAAUACGCUGCAGACGAAUAAACCUACUAUGACUAUGGAAUAUUGGACGGGUUGGUUUGACCAUUGGCUGGAAGAUCACCACACAGUGAGCACCGAGACUUUCAAGGAGCGAUUCGAAGAAAUUCUUGAUUAUCCUUCAUCUGUAAAUAUGUAUAUGUUCGUUGGUAGCACAAAUUUCGGUUUUCUGAAUGGUGCCAAUAGUCUGCAUUCCGGAGACGAUAAUUCCGGGUUGCAACCCACGACUAGCAGUUACGACUAUGAUGCUCCAUUGACAGAAUAUGGUGAUUACUCUCCAAAAUACACGGUGGUAAAGGAAGCCAUAGCUGCACGAAAUCCAGUUCAAACUAAAAUACCAGAUCCUCCACAAAGCACUCCACCCAAAGCUUAUGAGACGCUUGCUGUUGAGAAAGAACUAUAUCUCUCAACGGUCAUUAAAAAUGUCAAAGAAACGUUCACAAGUGAGGACGUAAUUCCUAUGGAGCUCCUACCGAUGAACAACAACUCAGGGCAAAGUUUCGGUUACAUAGUCUAUCGUAAAUCCAACAUAGAUAUUCCUGGAAACGCCGUAUUAAAAAUUUCUGGCUACGUUAGAGACACAGUGUUAGUUCUGAUAAAUGGAAAUUUAAUCAAUAGUGCUCCCAAAUCGUCAGAGGAUAUAGGAGGCUUUGGUUUUUGGAAACUGAAAGAUUCCACUUUAACUCUCACCGACACUGAAAUUAAGGCAGCUACAUUAGAUAUAGUUGUAGAAAACUUUGGCCGGAAUAAUUACGGGGGAUUGAGUCAGUUCCGCCAAUUUAAAGGUUUAACUGAACCUGUGUACAUUAACGAUAACAAAAUAACUGACUGGGAAUUAAUACCGCUUGAGUUCAAGAAACAGGAUAAUCUUAACUUAUUGGGUUGGCAGCUUAAAACAGAUGAUGGAAGAACUCCCGCAUUGUACAAAUCUACUCUAACCAUCGAAGAUGAUCCUCAAGACACUUUUAUAGACAUGAGAGAUUGGUACAAAGGAAUAGUAAUUGUUAAUGGUUUUGUGAUUGGCAGACAUUUCUAUUUGGGCCCACAGCAGUCUCUGUAUAUACCGGCACCAUUUUUAGUUAAAGGAAAAAACGAUAUCGUGAUAUUUGAACACUUCACUGCGCCGGAUUCUAUCAAGUUUUCUGAUUCGCCUAUUUUUGGAAAACCGUCACAUUAACAGUGAUAUUUUAGUUACAAUACGAAGACAAAUAACAAAUUUAGAUAUGAAUAUACGAUUAUGAUACAGCAGUAAAUAAAAUAUUUAAUUAACAGAUA